AUGGUGGCUCGAUUGGUGGUUCGUCGUCUCAAACGUCAGUUCGAUCCGCAUCAGAGCGAAAAAGCUGGCAGUGUUGCGAGAUUUUCCUCCGGCAACAACACCGAUCCGGAGUGGAUCGAGAAGACCAACACCAACAUCGAGAGCACUCCCAAGAAAAUCAACUCGGCCCAAACGCUUCGCUCCUACAUCGAUCAGGUGCUCAAACAGGCCGCCGAAGACAUUCGCCAUCAGGUGGAACGAACCAAUGCAGCUUACAGCAAACGAAUCGCCGAAGUCCGGUACACCAAAAUCAAGCUGGAGAACGUACACAAGGAAACUGUCCACCAGGUUAACGAGCUGACGCGUACUGACACCAAGUUGGAGAAGGAGAUUGCCGAGAAAGAGGGUUACGUCUCCCUAGCACAGGUGCGCAUGGCGAACCGAGCCCAUCGGCCCGGGAUUGAACUAUGCAAGGAUAACGUUUACAAUAGCCUGAAAAAGGAGUUGGCGGCGCUGCGGGAAACAGUCUCCAAGCUGGAUCAGAUGUUGGUGCAGUCCAGGGUCACGCUGAGAUAUCUGCUCAAUACGCAGGUGAUGCAAGAAGAGGAGAUCAAUUUGAAAACGAACUCGCUGAAGAUCGACGAAGUGGACUGUAUGACACUGAGAGAGAGUUUGAAUUUUCAGAAUUUCUAGUUUUCCGGAAGUA